AUGGUAAGAACUUUUUUGAUAAUUAUUUGUUGUGUUACAAAAUCUUGGUAUUUUUGUGGGUAUUUUGAACCAUUUUUUGUUGAUUAUUAUUUUAUAAACAUUAAUAUUUUCAGCCGCAAAACGAGCACAUUGAACUGCACCAGAAACGUCACGGUAAACGUUUUAAUCAUGAAGAGAAAAAGUAAGUUAUUUAUGUUAUUUUGUGUUUGGUAUUUAGGUAUACUUACUUGCUACACACUGUUUACAAUUUUUUUAUCUAUAAGGCAACAUUUUGCUAUUUUUAUGCGAACUACGCUAUGUACAAACAUUCUGUUAUCUAAAUCAUGUUUAGGCGUAAGAAGCUGGCCCGUCAGCCAAAGGUCAUAUCUAAAAUGGCCAAGAAGUUGAGAGGACAAAAGGCCAAGUUGUUCAACAAAGCCAGAUACUCUGAGAAGGUGCAGAUGAGGAAGUUGAUAAAGCAGCACGAAGAAAAGAAACAAACCAGCACAGUCGACGAAGCGCCAGAUGGAGCCGUGCCGGCUUAUUUGUUGGAUCGUCAGAAGCAAGUUACUGGCACAGUUUUAAGUAAUGCCAUCAAACAGAAGAGAAAGGAAAAGGCGGUACGUUUACCGAUGGUUAAUCUAUAUGUUUUGGCAAUAUUAUUAACAAAACUUUUGUAAAAGCUUCUUCUAAGGACUACAGUUCUUUUAUAAACCUUUAUGUUUGUAUUUUAAUGAUAAUAUUUUGGUUUUCAGGGUAAAUACGAAGUUCCACUUCCAAAAGUCAAAGCUGUUAGUGAUGCCGAAGCCUUCAAGGUAGUGAACACAGGAAAGUCGCGCAGAAAGGGAUGGAAAAGGAUGUGUACCAAAGUCACGUUCGUCGGAGAGAAUUUCACCAGAAAGCCAGUCAAAUUCGAACGUUUCAUCCGGCCCAUGGGUCUUCGAUUCAAGAAGGCCAAUAUUACCCAUCCCGAGCUUCAAACCACCUUCUUCCUACCAAUUGUUGGAGUCAAGAAGAACCCAUCGUCUCAAAUGUACACAUCUCUUGGCGUUAUCACUAAAGGUACGAUUAUCGAAGUGAAUACCUCCGAAUUGGGUAUGGUAACACAGGGCGGUAAAGUGGUAUGGGCAAAGUAUGCUCAGGUGACGAACAACCCAGAGAACGACGGAUGUAUUAACGCUGUUCUUCUUGUGUAA